AUGACAUCGGAUUCCGAUUCGGAUAGUUUACUAUUAAAUUUGGAAACGGAUUUACAACAAGAUUCGCCAGCGUCUACUCAACAAACACGAUUUUCUCUUUGGAACACCGCAAAACAACAUCUGCCACGUCUUCUUGUCACAGUUCUGGUUGAUCUUGUCCUUCCGAUGAUAGUAUACCUUCUUCUACAAAAACGUACGAAUCCAGUUCAUGCGCUUUUGGCUGCUGGUAUUCCUCCGCUGAUCAUGGUUUUAAUUAAAGGUGUUCUAACUCGAACAUUUGACGCGCUUGGCUUUCUUGUCUUCAUCGCAUUUUCUGCAUCGGCUGUCGCAGCUGUCAUUACACAUAAUCCAGUGAUCUUACUCUUAGAAAAAUCUCUUGUUACCGGCAUGAUUUCGAUAGUUUUCGCAAUUACCUUGAUUCCACUUCAUUGUUGUCAUCGUCGGUGUUACAUGCGUCCCCUUGCUUAUUACUUCUAUCAAGAUUUAGUUCCGACCAAACGUGCUGAUGUCGGUCUACCUGAUAUUAUAUUCGAAAAUGAACCAGGUACAUCCGAGGAGCAAGAAAUCGAAUUACUUGAAGAGAGUACAUUGCCCCGUUUAACUCAAAAGCAAGAAGUUGCCCAAGUUUACGAAUGGAUCUAUGCACAUUGUUCAUCAUUUCGUCGUUCGUGCUAUUUAAUAACGAGCAUAUGGGCGCUGGGUCUUCUAUUGGAAUUCUUCGCGCGAUUAUUUCUCAUUCUCAUUCAUCUAUCCGUCGAGCAAAUUUUCAUAUACGGUCACAUCAUUUUAAGUUUAAUGACUAGUUUAUUAAUUAUCUUGACUGUUCUUUGUAUAACAAAAGAACGGAAACAGACGCUGAAAUUGAUUGAGCAAUGGAAAAAACAUCAUUUGAUUCUCCAUCAAUCACCAUUAGUUGUGCAUAAUUUAAAUAUAAAUAUUAUAACGUGA